UGAGUUCUCCGAGGGUGCUUUCACUCCUUUCUCCAAUUCAGUUCCAUAUAUCUUCCAUUUUCUUCAGAAGGAGCGCUUAAAGUUUUCUUUUUGUACCUCCCAAGGACUUUCUUUUUACCUUAUCCGCCUCAGCUUUCAUUGAGCUUUGAUCCCUUUUCGUGGAUAUUCUGAAUUUUUUUCGGAUAAUUUUGUGUGAAGAAAGAAAAAUGAAUUGAAGAGAAAAUAUUUCGAUGGAUUAACAAUUUGUGAUUGUGCGGCUACGAAGUGAUCUUUAAGUGAACACCCAAACCUUCCAACUCCUUGAGGAUUUUCACAAAGUGCCCAAAUUGUUUUUUGGAUACAAAAAAAGAGUUCUUUGUGUUGCGAAAAAGAAGUUAAGGAAAGAAGUGCUUCUGCUGGAAUUUUUCAGAAGAAAAUUUUGUGAAGUUCUAUUGGUUUUCCUCAAAGUGUUCAAACAAAGUUUAAGGGAUGAUUUUUUUUUAUUCUCUAAAUCUCGUUCAAUUUGUGAGCUUCUAAAUGGAGUGUUGAGGAGAGAAAGUCGUUAGGAGUAUUAUAUUUGUGUACGUGUGUGUGUGUGUGAUCCAAUUUGGAUUUAGUUGGAGUUCAAAUCUCAAGGAUACGCCUGCCGAAAUUAGAUGGAAAUGGCACCGCAAACAGCACCAAUAAAGCACCACCGCAGAAGCCAUCAGCCCCCGCGGCCCCCAUCAACCCAUUAAGUAGCCAGAGGAAUUAAAAAAAAAGAAAAAUAAUGUGGCAACAUCCGUGGAGCGCGUGUUGGUGUUCGAGGCUAAAAUAUUUACUUGUCUAUGCAAAUGAUGUGAUGUCAUAAACACUGAAUCUCCGUAAAUUUUUGCAACAAUGUCGCAACCGGGAAAGAAGGGGCCCAAAGGGGCUAAACGGGGUGCAGCGGCAGCCGCGGCGGACGAGCCCGUCGCCCCGGCCGCCAAGGCACCCGAUGUGGAUGCUGCAAAGGACGAUGCAGCAUCAGAUGGGGAUAAACGGGGCUCCGAAGGGGAUGCUGGCCCAGCUAAACCCCAAAGUGCUGGGGCCUCGACGAGGGACGCUGCCACAAAGGUGCUCAACUUGGCCCUCAAGGGCGAGUGGACUCCCGUGGAGCAAACUCUCAAGGCCCUAGAAAAAUCCAUCGCAAAUGCCGGGGAGGACGCCAAUACAACACCCCUGGCUGGUGUUUUGGAUCCCACGACUGGAAUGACACCCCUCAUGAUGGCAGUCAAGGACAAUCGUACGUCGAUCUUGGACCGUUUGAUCGAUUUGGGUUCGGAUGUUGGAGCCAGGAAUAAUGAUAAUUACAAUGUUCUGCAUAUUGCUGCCAUGUAUUCACGAGAAGAUGUUGUUAAAUUGCUACUCAAUAAACGAGGAGUGGAUCCUUUUUCAACGGGAGGGUCCCGCCAACAAACUCCUGUACAUUUGGUGGCCAGCCGACAGACGGGUACAGCGACCAGUAUCCUAAGGGCCUUGCUGGCUGCAGCUGGAAAGGAUAUCCGAUUGAAAGCUGACGGAAAAGGGAAGGUGCCUCUACUCCUCGCCGUGGAGGCUGGCAAUCAGUCCAUGUGCAGGGAAUUGCUGUCUGCCCAAACUGCUGAACAGCUAAAGGCAACGACGGCGAAUGGCGACACUGCCCUGCACUUGGCGGCAAGACGACGCGAUGUCGACAUGGUCCGUAUCCUCGUGGACUACGGGACGAAUGUGGACACCCGCAAUGGUGAUGGGCAGACAGCGCUGCACAUUGCAGCUGCGGAAGGUGAUGAAGCCCUCGUGAAGUACUUCUACGGCGUACGGGCCUCGGCAUCGAUUACCGACAAUCAGGACCGAACUCCCAUGCAUCUGGCAGCAGAGUAUGGGCACGCCAAUAUAAUUGAAAUUCUAGCAGAUAAAUUCCGAGCAAGUAUCUACGAGCGCACAAAGGAUGGCAGCACGCUCAUGCACAUAGCUUCGCUCAAUGGGCAUGCUGAGUGUGCAACAAUGCUGUUCAAGAAGGGCGUCUACCUGCACAUGCCAAACAAGAAUGGUGCCAGGAGUAUUCACACGGCAGCUCGCUACGGGCACGUGGGGAUCAUUAACACACUUCUCCAGAAGGGAGAGAAAGUUGAUGUAACAACCAAUGACAAUUACACAGCUCUGCAUAUUGCGGUUGAGUCUGCGAAACCAGCUGUUGUAGAAACCCUCCUGGGCUACGGAGCUGAAGUUCACGUCUGCGGAGGUCGUUUAAGGGAAACUCCUUUGCAUAUUGCAGCCAGAGUAAAGGAUGGAGAUAGGUGUGCACUGAUGCUGCUGAAAUCCGGUGCUGCUCCCAAUCAAACAACCGACGAUGGUCAGACUCCAGUUCACGUAGCAGCGAAGCAUGGAAACCUGGGAGCUUUGAUGUUUCUCCUGGAGGAUGGAGGAGAUCCUCUGUACAAAUCCCUUACUGGAGACACUCCUCUUCAUCUAGCCUGUCGAAACUGCCAUCCAAUGAUCGUGCAACACCUUAUUGAGAAUGUUAAGGAGAAACAUGGUGCUGAGACAGCAACAAACUACAUAAAUUCCGUCAAUGAAGACGGUGCCACUGCCCUGCACUACAUCUGCCAUGUACUGAAGGAGGAGGUAAAGAUUCCACAGUCCGAUAAGGAGAUUGUUCGACUGUUACUGGAGAACGGAGCUGAUGUGGGCCUCGUAACAAAGUCUGCCAAUGAAACAGCCUUCCAUUACUGCGCUAUAGCAGGCAAUAAUGAUGUCCUGAGUGAGAUGAUUAGUCACAUGUCACCCACAGACAUCUCAAAAGCUCUCAACAAACAAUCAUCUGUGGGGUGGACUCCGCUCCUAAUUGCCUCCCAUCGAGGGCAUAUGGAGUUGGUUAAUAAUCUCCUAGCCAAUCAUGCUCGAGUUGAUGUUUUUGACAUUGAAGGUCGUUCCGCGUUGCACUUAGCUGCCGAACGAGGGUAUGAGCAAGUUUGCGAUGCUCUCCUAACAAAUAAAGCCUUCAUCAAUUCCAAAUCCCGCGUUGGUCGAACAGCUCUUCAUCUUGCCGCCAUGAAUGGGUUUACGCACCUCGUGAAGUUCCUCAUUAGAGACCACAAUGCAGUAAUUGAUAUUCUAACUCUCCGGAAGCAAACUCCGCUGCAUCUGGCAGCAGGAAAUGGACAAAUUGAAGUGUGUAAACUGCUGCUUGAACUUGGAGCGAAUAUUGAUGCAACUGAUGAUUUAGGGCAGAAACCAAUCCAUGUAGCAGCUCAGAAUAACUUCUCCGAAGUGGCCAAACUCUUUCUGCAGGCGCAUCCGAGUCUCGUGAAUGCAACGAGUAAAGAUGGGAACACGUGCGCUCAUAUAGCUGCCAUUCAGGGAUCAGUUAAAGUGAUAGAGGAACUCAUGAAGUUUGACCGUCAGGGUGUUAUUGGGGCAAGGAAUAAGAUUACCGAUGCUACGCCUCUUCAGCUAGCAGCUGAGGGUGGGCAUGCAGACGUUGUAAAGGCUCUUGUGAGAGCAGGUGGGUCGUGUACGGAUGAAAAUAAGGCAGGCUUCACGGCUGUGCAUUUGGCAGCUCAGAAUGGUCACGGACAGGUGUUGGAUGUUAUGCGGAGUUCCAACACAUUGAGGAUAUCAAGCAAAAAGCUCGGUUUGACACCACUUCACGUUGCUGCUUUCUACGGGCAACAGGAUACAGUUCGGGAGCUUCUGCUAAAUGUACCAGCAACAGUAAAAUCUGACCCACCUAGUGGAAAUUCUCUUGUGCCUGAAUUGGGAACUGAAUCCGGGAUGACACCAUUGCACUUAGCUUCAUAUUCGGGCAAUGAGAAUGUUGUGCGUUUACUGCUGAAUUCAGCAGGAGUUCAGGUUGAUGCUGCUACAACGGAAAAUGGCUACAAUGCCUUGCAUUUAGCAUGCUUUGGUGGUCAUAUGAGUGUUGUAGGACUCCUACUGAGUCGUAGUGCUGAACUGCUACAGAGUACAGAUCGGCAUGGAAGAACAGGCCUCCAUAUUGCCUCAAUGAAUGGCCGAUAUCAGAUGGUUGAGGUUCUACUUGGGCAGGGUGCUGAAAUUAAUGUGAAUGACAAAAAUGGUUGGUCACCCCUUCACAAUGCUGCCAAGGCUGGUCAUUUGGAUGUUGUGCGGUUGCUUUGCGAAUCCGGAGCUUCCCCAAAAAAUGAAACAAACUACGGCUGUGCACCAAUCUGGUUUGCUGCAUCUGAAGGGCACAACGAUGUUCUGAAGUAUCUGAUGCACAAAGAGCACGAUACCUACUCCCUCAUGGAAGAUAAGAGAUUUGUCUUCAAUCUAAUGGUUGUUUCCAAGUCGAACAAUCACAAGUCCAUUGAGGAGUUUGUACUGGUUUCACCAGCUCCAGUAGACACAGCCGCCAAACUGUCCAACAUCUACAUUAAUUUGUCGACAAAGGAAAAAGAGAGAGCAAAAGACUUAAUAGCAGCUGGAAAGCAAUGUGAAGCUAUGGCAACGGAACUCCUAGCCUUAGCAGCUGGAGCUGAUAGUGCUGGUAAAAUUUUAACUGCCAUCGAUCGCAGGAAUGUGGAGUUCCUCGAUGUUCUCAUUGAGAAUGAACAGAAGGAAGUGAUAGCUCAUACUGUUGUCCAGAGAUAUCUUCAGGAACUGUGGCGAGGGAGCCUCAACUGGGCAGGAUGGCGAAUGAUGCUCCUCCUUGUAGCCUUUAUCGUCAUCCCACCUGUUUGGAUAAUGUUCACCCUUCCACUGGGCCACAAAUACAACAAGAUCCCAAUCAUAAAGUUCAUGUCGUACCUCACAUCGCACAUCUUCCUCAUGCUCCAUCUUAUGGUUGUCGGCAUAACUCCUAUCUAUCCGGUCGUUCGACCCAAUCUCGCCCCCUAUUGGUACGAAUGGGGCCUUCUGGUGAUGCUGAGUGGUCUUCUGCUGUUCGAACUCACCAAUCCCAGCGAUAAAUCCGGCCUGGGAUCAAUUAAGAUCCUCGUGCUGCUGUUCGGGAUGGCCGGUGUUGGGGUACACCUGUCGGGGAUGAUUUGGGUGGAGAAGACGUACUGGCCGACGCUAAUGUACUGCCGAAAUCAGUGCUUUGCUCUCUCCUUUCUCCUGGCGUGUGUACAAAUAUUGGAUUUUUUAUCCUUUCACCACCUGUUUGGACCGUGGGCCAUCAUCAUUGGCAACCUCCUGCAGGAUCUUGCACGCUUCCUCGCCGUGCUGGCAAUCUUCGUGUUUGGCUUCUCAAUGCACAUCGUGGCACUCAAUCAAUCAUUCCAUAAUCUCACGCCAGCAGAGAUCAGAAGACUGCCUAGAACAGCUAGGGAUGCUGGAUACUUUAGCGAUGAUAUUCUAGGAGCAACAACAAAGGCAAAGCUAACAUAUCGCGAAGAUCGUUCGUAUUUCACGGACUAUCGACGCAAGCACGCGAGAGAAAAAAAAAUGACACCGUGGGUGGCGUUUGAGCGUCUCUUUUUCGCCGUUUUCGGCCAAACAACACCCGAUGACAUCAACCCAAUGCGCGAUGCCCGUCCAGAGUGGACUGAGAAUCUGUUUAAGCUCGUUUUUGGCGUUUAUUUGCUGGUCUCGGUAGUUGUAUUGAUUAACCUCCUAAUUGCUAUGAUGUCGGACACUUAUCAACGUAUUCAGGCCCAAUCAGACAUUGAAUGGAAGUUUGGUCUCUCCAAACUUAUAAGGAAUAUGCACAGAACAACAACAGCUCCCUCACCUCUGAAUCUCAUCACCACGUGGUUCAUGUGGAUUGUGGAACAAAUUAAGGCAAGAAUGACAAAGAGAAAGCGACCAAGUCUCGUGCAGAUCAUGGGCCAAAUGCGCCAGGCGAGUCCACGAUCGAAGGCUGGUGCCAAGUGGUUGUCGAAAGUAAAGAAAGGUCAGGUGGCUCCAAAAGACUCGGUGGCUUUGUCUGUUGUGCACCUAUCGUCACCUCUUGGAUCACAAGUGAGCUUCAGUCAGAUGAAUCAGAAUCGUAUUGAGAAUGUGGCUGACUGGGAGGCCAUUUCGAAGAAGUACCGAGCCCUCGUUGGUGACAAAUCCGAAGAUUCGGGCUCAAUGCGUGAAUCCGAAGCGGAAAAUAGCUCCCAAGUUGCCGAAGCUCCAGCACCGGCUGCCCAAAUGGGUAACAAUAUUAAUGCAGCACAGAAUCAAGUGUAAACACUAUGGGUGUGUUAGUUUCUAAGGGAAUUACAUUGUAAAGAACAAAAAAAUCGUGAAAAAGUGCAAUUA